AAUCAAAUUGCCACCUUUUGGCUCCUAUCCUCAAUUCUUAUAAAUACUUCAUUUUAGUCUUCUUUUUUUAUAUAAAUCUAUAUUUUGCCAAACAAGAUAACAAAAUACUUUGCACUUUCUCUUUCUUUUUUUAAUAGACAUGGCUAUUUAUUGCUAUCAUUUAAGAGAGAGAUCACUAUUUAUUUCCCAAUACCAACUCAUGUCUUAUCAACAAAGAGCAGUUGAAUACGAAAAGGUGAUAAAUAAACUCGAAAAUAACCUCAGAUACCUACUUGAUGAUUGGAAGACACUCGACAUUGUAUUUCAAUCCGUCCUCAAUGCAUUUGAUGCUACAAAAGAUACCACAGAGCAACAUUUGGAUGACGUUGACCGAGAAUUAAGUAUUGCCUACGAUGAAUUAAUGGCACAAGCACGACAGUUGGAUCGCAGGCUAAAAAAAAUGGCGUUGGAAAUCAAUCAAGCACUAGUGUUAUCAUCGUCAUCAUCAACACCCAUUCCAUUAGCGAUAGAAACCGAUCGAGAAGCUUUUAAAGAAACGCAAGGCGGAAAACGACAAAAACGCUUUUGAAGUAUUUGCUCCAUUUAUACUUGCAUGAACCAAUCAUAUUCAUCGAAACAAACAUCUUGCAUGUACACAGAUAUUAAGUAAAUCUAUUAUUUGAAUGAACUUGUUGUUCAUGCAAAGCACAAAAUGGUGUCAUUCUCAUCUUGUUUGAAUUAAAUCCGAAUGUGUUUCCCUGGAUUUUGAUAGAUAAACUCUAUGUUUAUUCUCUGUCAACUAUUUUUUUUAUCUUAUUAGUAAAAAAAAAAAGGGGGGAGCAUGUUCUGAAGUGUAUACAAUCGAGAGCAAAACAAAAUUCUACCACUCUAAACCUAAAAAAAAGAGAAAGAAAAACUUUAUUUCUAAAUGAUCUUCGU